AAGGUUUUGGAAAGAACGUCCUCAUGAGAAGAGCGAAUUUGAGUAUUACGUAAUGUUCGCGUACCGCUUAAGGUAGUUAUCUAAAGUGCAUUUAAAGAAGAACGCUACAAAUACACAGGAAAUAAACAUUAAGAGACAACAUACGUCAACAUUGAAAUACCUUGACCUGCGUGGUUGUUAAGCGGAACUAGGUGUACCCAGCAACCAAGCCUUAUUGCUUUCGUUGAGGUCUUGUGUGGUGUUCUCGUUGGCAAUUAUGCCGGUCAGUAAAAAUGCAAAAAUCAGUCAACACAUUAACUACCGUAUCAGAUGUACUAUGCAAGAUGGAAGACAGCUUGUCGGUACUUUUAAGGCAUUCGAUCGCCACAUGAACAUAAUUUUAUGCGACUGCGACGAGUUUCGUCACGUAAAAAGCAGGCACUCUAAACAGGAGAAGGAUAAGCAAGAGAAGAGAGCUCUUGGCUUGGUUCUUUUGCGCGGAGAGCACGUUGUCAGUAUCAACGUUGACGGCCCACCUCCACCUGAAGACACUCCUCGAGUUCCGCUGCCUGGCGCAGGUGCUUGGGCCGGCGCUGGGGCCAAACCACUAGCAGGGGUUGCUGUGGGCCGCGGUAUGCCCCUUGCCACUCCGGCAGCUGCUAUCCCGCCUUCGGUCCCCCCUGCCGGUCUCGGUGCUCCUGUAUGGGGAGUUGGUGCACCCGCCCCUGGCCUUAUGCAGCCUCGAUUGGCUCCCGGUAUGCCUCCUCCCCCGCCGCCACCCACCAGUGCUCAGCCCGGCGCAAUACCAACUACGGCUGCUUUCGGACGAGGAAUGCCUCCCGCUGCUAUGGGACGUGGUUUUCCUCCUCCACCACCUCCUUCGGGCUUCCGAUAACUACCGACGUCAUGUUGAACUGCAUUUAUCGGUCGAUCCUGAAUGUCAGCAACCUUUUAAUACAUAUUGUCUCGUUUGUA